GCUUGGCUAUAAAAUGGGGCUAGGUUUUGGCAAAGACGCACACCAACUUCUCUCUCAUUUCUAGCUCAAGUUCACAAAGGAGUUAUCAUCACUUAAUGGCUAAUCUUUCAUCAGAAGCUCAGGUUGGCAAAAGGUUGGAAGGUAAGGUCGCUCUGAUCACUGGCGCAGCUCAAGGCAUAGGUGCUUGUAUGGCAAGAGUGUUCGUCAAUCAUGGGGCUAAAGUAGUGUGUGUUGACAUAAAUGAAGAGCUGGGGCGAUCUGUAUGUGACGAUUUGGGCGCCGAAAAUGCAUCUUUUCUCUAUUGUGAUGUAACCAAGGAAUCAGAUAUUGAAAAUGCAAUUAACAGGACCGUUCACGAGCAUGGGAAGCUGGAUAUCAUGAUCAACAACGCUGGCAUAGCAGAUGAAGGAAAAACUAGCAUCCUAGACAACGAUCUUUCCGAUUUUGAACGUGUGAUGCGGGUUAAUCUCUCAGGUGUUUUCCUCGGCAUCAAACAUGCAGCCCGGGCGAUGAUCCCAACGCGAAGUGGGAGCAUCAUUAACCUGGGAAGCAUUUCAGGAAGCAUUGGAGGGAUAACCUCCCAUUCAUAUUCGAGUUCAAAGCAUGCUGUCGUGGGCUUGACAAGAAAUGCUGCUGCAGAGCUUGGGAAGCAUGGAAUCAGAGUCAACUGCUUGUCUUCUCAUGUUGUUUUGACACCACUGUCCCAGAACUUCUUCAAUUUUGGUGAAGAAGGACAAUCACGAGUUUACACAAACCUUGAAGGGAUGGUCUUGAAGCCUGAAGAUUUAGCCAAUGCUGCUGUUUAUCUGGCUAGUGAGGAGGCAAGGUUCAUGAGUGGACACAAUCUUAUGUUGGAUGGAGGAUUCACCGUCACAAAUCCAGCUUUUGGAUUGUUUUCAAGAUUCUAGUGCCUUCUUGAUGUAGUUCAGGAUUAAUUAUAUUCCUUGAAAACGUAAAAGCAACUAUAAAUUCCUGGACACUGGAAUUUAGCCAAACUUGAAUUCUGAUUUUUUUUUUUUUUAUCUGCAAUGUAAUUGGCUUGAUCACAAGUUACACUUUUUCUAUAAGUUGCGUAUUAUUCUAAUUACAUUAAUUAUUCUAAUGAUAA